GGAUGUGACGCCACGGGGCCGCCCCUCGCGGGCGCGGCUCUGAAAUAGGGCUCGGCCGCCGCCGCGGGCAGCCGGAGCCGCGGAGCAGCGCGGCCAUGCCCGUCCCCGCCGCGCCCCGCAGCCUGGCCGCCGCCGCCCCCGCCGGCAAGGCCAAGCUCACGCACCCCGGCAAGGCCAUCCUGGCAGGUGGCCUGGCUGGAGGGAUCGAGAUCUGCAUCACAUUUCCUACUGAGUAUGUGAAGACACAGCUGCAGCUGGAUGAGAAGGCAAACCCUCCCCGCUACAAGGGCAUCGGGGACUGUGUGAAGCAGACUGUCCGUGACCAUGGCAUCCGGGGGCUGUACCGGGGGCUCAGCUCGCUGCUGUACGGCUCCAUCCCCAAGGCUGCCGUCAGGUUCGGGAUGUUCGAGUUCCUCAGCAACCAGAUGAGAGACGAGCAGGGGCGGCUGGACAGCACGCGGGGCCUCAUCUGCGGGCUGGGGGCUGGCGUGGCUGAGGCCGUGGCCGUGGUUUGCCCCAUGGAGACUGUGAAGGUGAAGUUUAUCCAUGACCAGACCUCUCCCAACCCCAAAUACCGUGGUUUCUUCCAUGGCGUCCGGGAGAUCGUUCGGGAACAGGGACUGAAGGGGACCUACCAGGGCUUGACUGCAACCGUCCUCAAGCAAGGAUCUAACCAGGCCAUCCGCUUCUUCGUCAUGACCUCCCUCAAGAACUGGUACAAAGGGGACAAUCCCAACAAGGUCAUGAACCCCUUAGUAACAGGGGUGUUUGGAGCCAUUGCUGGAGCUGCGAGUGUCUUCGGCAACACCCCCUUGGAUGUGGUGAAGACCAGGAUGCAGGGGCUGGAAGCGCACAAGUACAAGAACACCUGGGACUGCGCCUACCAGAUCAUGAAGCACGAAGGGCCCCUGGCGUUUUACAAGGGUACAGUGCCUCGCUUGGGCCGUGUGUGUCUUGACGUGGCCAUCGUCUUCAUCAUCUACGACGAGGUGGUCAAAUUCCUCAACAAGGUGUGGAAAACGGACUGAGGGGCCGGGCCAGGCAGCCCCUGCCUCCCGUGCUCUGCAGGGCCUCAGCUGGAGAGCAGAGACCAAACCCACACCCACCUGCGGCGCCGCUGGGGCCAGGUCUGCCCUGCACACCCAAACCUGGCCACCUUUACCUUUAGGAACAGGCCCUGGAGCAAGUUAAAUUACUAGUUGUCUGCUGAAAGAGCAGGGAGGGAGCAGCAUCCCACCAUCCCAACCCCCAGCAUCCCGGUCAUGCUCACCCCAGUCUCCUGGUGACACUUUCCCCCAGCCCCACAUCAGCUGUGUGUGCUGCUUAACCAGGCUGUGAUGUCCUUUGGAUAGUGGCCUUGGGGCUCCCAGCAGCCAGGAGCUCCUGACUGCCAGGGGAGCAGCUCUUUUGGGGGUGCUGAGAGCCCCCUCGAGCCAUAUGAGUGCAAUGCCAAGCUGUACAUCACAAGCUGACAAUGGGGCUGAGGCCACUGGCAGGGUCACAGCAGCUCUUGGAGGGGGCCCAACAGCCCUGCACCCCCUGGGAUGGGAGGGCAGUGACCCCCUGCUGUGACCCCAAGCUCCCUCCUCCCUCCCUGCCAGCACCAAGACCACCAGUGUGCAACAUCCCAUCCCAUCCCAUCCCAUCCCAUCCCAUCCCAUCCCAUCCCAUCCCAUCCCAUCCCAUCCCAUCCCAUCCCAUCCCAUCCCAUCCCAUCCCAUCCCAUCCCAUCCCAUCCCAUCCCAUCCCAGGGAUCCUGCUCAGCCCCGGGCUGCUGAGCAGCGGUUGCCCAAAAUUGCACAUACAGCCAGGCCUUUAGUUGUGCUCGCUGUGGGCUGGGGUUGGGGUGAGCCGGGUGCCCCUCGCCUGCCGUUUACAGCCGAGGGGCGUGUGCCAGCCAGGGCGGGGGGCUGCAGCCCCACGCCGCAGGCUUGGCCCCUCGGCCAGGGGUGCAAACCCCUUUCUUCUGCCACAUUCCCCGCGUCUGCCCUCCCGCCGCCUCUCCGUGGUGCCGUAGGUGAUCUCGUAGCUUUUGGAGCUUCACGCUGACUCACUAACACCCAUAGCCGUGGGGCUGGAGCCCUGCCCUGCUCGUGCCAGGCUGGCCCCACUGGAUUUGUGCCAAAUUUCUCCCUGAGGGAGCUGGAGAUGCAGGAGCCAGGGCUCAACCCAUCCCUCCUCCCUCUCGUAGCCAGCGAUGAGCUCAGCCUUAACACAGGAGGGUGAAGGAGGAAAGCCUGGGCACGGUUUACCUGCGGCUUUCGGCUCUGAAGCCAGUGAGGGUUGCAUUAGGUUUUUUUUUUAUUAUUAUUCUGUUUUACAUUCGCAAUUUGAAUAAAAUCAGUCUGGCUUUA